AGGAACUUCUGAGUGCGGAAAAGAAGGCGAAAGACGAGAUGCAACGACGACAUACCAUGGUGGAAAAUGACAAGCAGAAGAUGUUGCGUGACCAAGCAGAACUCCAGGAAGCCAAGGCAAGAGAAGAGAAGCUGAAAAUGGAGGCCGAACGACAGCACCAGAAGCUUAUUCAAGACAUGGAGAAGCUCAGACAAGACCAAGCACAGCUGAAUGCCGACAAGGAAGAUGAAAAAAAGGCAAAAGAAGAGGCGGAGCGAAAGCAUGCAUCUGUCUUGCGAGACAUGCAACAACUCCAAGCUGACCGAGACAAGCUACAGGCAGACCAAGUAGCAGAAAAAAGAGCUAGAGAAGAGGCCGAAAGGAAACAUGCAGAAGUAUUGCAAGAUCGUGACAAGAUUGCAGCUGACAUGCGACAACUUCAGAGUGACAAGGACUCCGAGCAACGUGCGAAGCAAGAGAUCGAACGAAAGCAUGAUGCAGCCAUGAAGCAAAUGGAGCUGGUCAAUGCAGAUCAGACCAAGCUUAAGAUGGACAAGGACUCGGAGGUGCAGACGCGCUUGGACAUGGAAGCGAAGCAUCAGGCCGUCCUACGAGAUUUGGAGCAACUUCGUGCGGAAAAGGAUCAAAUAGCUACCGAGCACAACAGCUUGAAGAUGGAGCAUCAGCGACUUGAAGCCGAGCGCAACAGGCUGCAUGCUUCUCAUGCGGAAGCGUCCAGAGGACAUGAAGAGGCUAUUGGAAGAUUGCGCGCAGCUCAUGAGACAGAGUUGAAGCAGACAAAGGACCAGAGUCAACAGCACAAGCAAGAAUGGGAAGGGCGGCAUCAGUCACUUCUACAAGAGCUUGAAGGGCUUCGAGCGGAGUUACGACGAGCACAGCAAGAGAAGGAGGAUGAACGUCGAGCGAAAGAGCGUGCCCAAGCUGACCGUCAAUCAGCUUCGCGCCAGUCUGAAGCACUUCAAGUUCAGGUACAGUCCAUACAGUCUCGACGCAACAGCGACCUGAGUUCCUUGGAAGAUGUACAAAGCAGGGUUCGGAGCUUGCAAUCUGAGAAUGAGAUGCUCACUGGAGAUGUCAACACACUCAAGAAAUUGAAGCAAGAGAAAGAAGAAGCUGAAAAGGACUUGCGAGAAGCCUUCAAUAUCCAGCGCACAGAGUUGAAAACAAUUCAAAGGCAGCUGGAAGACAGGGAACAGCAGGUCAAAGAGUUUGAAGAAUGGCGCAAAAAUCUGGAAGACAAGUACUCUGGGUUGUUGUCUCAGUUGUCUGCUGAGAAGAAGGAAGGAGAAGAUUUGCGGCGCGAACUCAGGGAGGCGCAAGCGACUGGAGAGCAACUUCAGCGGAAUGCUCAGGAGGCCUUGGACCGCCUCCUUUUGCUUCAACAAGAGAAUGAGGAUCUCAAGGAGUCUCUGGAGUCGAAAACACGUGGUGAAAGUGAAGCCUUGAAAAGACGCAUGACGAUGCCUCGCAUGUCACUGUGGGCGGUGCCGCCUGUCUUGGCAAUUGAGGAGGAAGCUGAUUUGCUCCCGCACUCCAAAGAUGAGUUCAUUGCGCAGGUUCGCGACGCACAUAAAGGAGUUGACAGCUUGAUGCAGAGUGCAGCGGAGGUCCACAUCAGGACAAUCAGUGCCCAGGUGGAUGGAGCAGCGGCAGCAGAAAGCAAGGGCACUGGAAUCCGUCGUGGACUGGCCGACUACGAGAAACAGUAUGAAAUUCAGUCUGAGCGCCGCUCAGAGCUCAACAACCUCGAAGCGCGGCUUCAUGACCUGAGAGCUUUGAAAGAGGAGGUCGCUCUUCAGCACCAUCUUCCUGAAGUGGAAAGAAAUCAGGUCACCGAGUACCUCGAGAGGGACAUGAAAAGAUGUGAAGAGGAGAUUGAAAUUAUGCGACCAUCGUCAGCCUUGUCCAGCCUUCCUGAUGAACUUAUUCAGGUUCUCAUGCACAUGGUUGAUGAAGGACUCCCACCAGAGUUUGAACAUGGUUUUUCUCCUAUGCAUUGGUCAGCACAGCGCGGUCGCCGUGAUCUCAUAGAGUUCAUUCGACAACAAGUUGAUGGUGGGCACGAACUUCUCAAUUCCAGAGAUGCUCAAGGCCGCAUACCCCUGUUCUUUGCCGAGCGGAGCGGAAAAGUCGGCCUCGCUUAUCACUUGCGUCGAAUUGGAGGCUCUGCUGACUUGCUGGUCAGGUCCUCAGAGAAGCGGCCUGAUACAGAAGGUCUUGCUCCUGCCUACAAGAAGGUGCUGGAUCAGAUUGAGCAGCGUGGCUGGCAAUCAAUGAAAUGGAAGGACGACUUCACAAUGCUGCAUUGGGCUGCUAGCCACGGCAAAAAGGACCUGUGUCUCUACUUGCUCAGCCAACAAGCAAAUCCAAUGGACAAGGACAAUAAGGGACGAACAGCUGCUGCGGUUGCAGCAGAAGCCAAUCACUUUGAAGUAGUUGCUGCCAUUCAAGACAAGGUGACAAUGCCACGAAAGUCGGUAAGCCAUCUUGUUUUUUCAACUCCAACGGAGUGAUGUGAGUGUCCUGGCCUGGCCUUCAAAGUUAAAGGUCUUGGAUUUUCCAACAGAAUCCUUGCACUGCUGCACACUGCUGCAUUUGUGAAUAGUCUGAAAAGCCAAUCUUGGCUUCUCGGCCCUCCUUGGCUGGGGUACAAACCGCGGAUUGCCACCGUAAACACAACAGAC